CUGGUUUAGUUAUUCGCUCCCUGAGGCACCGAGACACCAAAGCAAUGGAGGGAAGGCUGUUAUGCUGUGAGUCAGUGACAGAGCUGAGGGCCCGGGCGGACCCAGUGCUGAUGCAGAGCCGGGUGCUGAUGAAGCUGUUGGCGCUAGAGGAGCGCUACAUCCCGUCUGCCUCAUACUUCCGCUGUGUGCAGCGCGAUAUCCAGCCCUACAUGCGUCACAUGCUCACCUGCUGGAUGCUGGAGGUGUGUGAAGACCAGAAGUGCGGAGAAGAGGUGUUUCCCCUGGCUGUGAACUGCCUGGACCGGUACUUGUCCCUGGUGCCAGUAGAGAAGAGACACCUUCAGCUUCUGGGCGCGACGUGCCUCUUUCUUGCCUCCAAACUGAGGGAAUCAAAGCCCAUGACUGCCGAGAGUCUCUGCAUGUACUCAGACCACUGUUUCACUGACAAAGAACUGCUGGCAAUGGAGCUGUUGGUGCUGAACAAGCUGAAGUGGGACUUAGAAGUGGUGACACCCCGCGAGUACCUACCGCACUUCCUGGAACUGCUAAAUAUCCCCGCAGAGAAGAGGCCUCAGGUCAGGAAGCACAGCGAGACCUUCAUCGCUCUGUGCACCACAGACUGUACAUUCAUUGCACUACCCCCUUCCAUGGUGGCUGCAGCCAGUGUAGCCGCAGCAGUGACCGGCCUCCAGCUUCAGAGUCCAGGACCGAGCUAUUCCAGCCUGGCAUCCAUAAACCUGCUUGCCCACGCCAUCCACUGUGACCCGAGUCUUCUCAGAGCGUGCCAGGAGCAGAUUGAGAUCUCACUGGAAUCCAGUGUGCAGCGGGCACAGAGAAACAGGGUCUCUGAGUCCAAAUCUGUGGAUGAGCCCGAGAGAUCCAGCACCCCGACCGACGUGCAGGACAUAGACCUAUAAUGGCCGCCCAUCAGUCUGUACCCAUUCCUACUGGAGGCCUCGAUAGUCUCCAACUGACAAAGUUGCCUUUUCAGUAUAAACCUUCUGUGCCAAGACCGUGGUCUGGGUGCCACCCAGUCUGUGCCACUAAGCAGGGUACAAAGCACUUUCCUGUCACGCUCCCUAGUGGCUGCACAAAAGGUGCUUAACUAUAGUGACGCCAUGUUUUACUACACUCAGUCCUGAUACGGAGGGCCUAUAGAGUCAGCAAUGGCGACCAGCAGAGACAAAUGAGUUGGUUACUGUUAAUUUAUUGUUUAUUUAUUAUUAUUUUCAUUUAUUUAAUAAGUAUUGUGUUUAUUAUUAUUAUUAUUUCUGCCAUUUUUUCCUUAUUGUGUUUCUUGUUUAUUUAAGUUUAUCUAAGUUUAUUUAAUUGCACUGCAGGGGGAAUAUUCUUCCUUUGCUUUCAGGGAAUAUGAAUGACUGCAGACAAUACAGUGUUAAUGAGUCUGAUGCUACAUAUAAACAUAGGUUGCUCCAUAAAUGUGUAAGAUAAGGGUAUAACUUGGGGUUGUGAUUGGACAGGAAAACAACUGCUCUACAAGAUUCAAGUUUUGUUGCUGAUUUGAGGCACAAAGUCCUAAACCACAGCAAUGGGAGUCAGAAUUUGAUCCCAGCAGCAGAUACCAAGCUGUGGCCCCUAGUUACUGUAUGUGGCAUUUGCAAGCAGCCCUCCUACAAAGCAGGGAAAUCUCUGCCCCCUGCUGGUUGACCCCAGUUCUGCAUAUGAGAGUAAAGAGCCUCCACCGGACCCUUGCUUUCUUAGACUGACUCCCUCUGGGAGCCUCACUGUAUGAUUUCAUUGAAUUAACUUUAUUUUCAUUCCAACCUGCUUUCUGAUUGGUUCCCCAUCCCUAAUGCAGGUACAAUAUGCAGGUUUUUGUUCUGGUUUUGUUCUAACGUAUAAUUUAUUUGGCUUGUUUUGCUCUGGUUGGUAGUUGAGACACAUUUGUCCGUAUGUUACGAUGAAAGUUUCUAUUUUUGCACUUUAUAAAGAAAAUGUCUUAGCAUCUAUUUUAUUGAGGUUUGUGUGAGUCUUCUAAAUAAAUGUUGAAUGCAAAUGA